AUGAUUACUGCCAAAUUUAUUCUUCUCAGCUUGGCCGCUGUUGCCAGUGCUGCUCCUUUCAUGACCGAGCGAGAUCUCAACUCGACUGUUUGGACCCCCGACCACGUCCUCAAGCAAGAUGAAGUGAUCCUCUACGGCGAGGGCCGCAUGGAGGUUGUCCAUGUCACCGUCUAUGAAAAGCUUCUUGAGUCUGAGGGCAUCUCUUCCGUCACUCCUGAGAUCGACCAGGACUGGCUUGAUGCUGGAGCCAAGGCCGUUGCUCCUCGGGAUCUUGAGGAGCGUCAAUCCUGUGGAUCUACCACUUCUUACGUGACCGACCGCACUGAGCGCUUUGUCGACUGGGACGUGCAGAUGUCCCCCGUUGUUAUCGGUGCCGGUCGCAACGGAAUUGAUGUCAGCGUUGCUUCCUCUUUCAGUAUUGCCAACAGCGUUUCUGUCAGCGCUGGCCUCGAUCUUACCGCUGUCAAGGACCGUCUUGGCGCCAACUUUGGCAUCAACUACUCCCGCACUUGGACUACUCAAGCCACUGUCACUGUCCGCGGUACCGUGCAGUCCGGCGAGACUGGUGUUGUUAUCACUAGACCUUGGACCAACCGCCGCUACGGCCGUCAGUUCAGAGGAUGCGUUGGUUCUAUGCAGCAGACCGGUACCUGGAUGGCUGACGCGCAUGAGGAGGGUUCUUAUGAGGGUGUCAAAUGGGUUGCUGGUGCCAUCACCAUGUGUAUCAAGAGACAGAGCGGUAUUCCUCUUUCCCGAUGCAAUGGUGCUGGAAACUUCCGUUGAUCUGUUGCCCAUGGGUUAGAGCCCGCGCGAGUCAUGGGACUUGGAAUCUCGCGUGGUUUGGCAGGGCUGAUAAUAAAUGCUGGCGGUUACGAUAUGGAGAUCCACCCACGUGGUGACCAUUGAUGUAACACCGGAAAUUGUUGGGUACUCUCUGCUCACCUUGACGCAUUGUGCAUCCAAUGGCAG